UAAAAAUUAAAUCAAUUUAAUAACAGAUGCAAACAGCUGCCGCCAUUACAACGUCAGCGCCAAGCGGCAGCAAUGUCGCAGGGGACUCUAUGGCUGCCCCAUUGCGAGCCUGCAGUACAAGCGGCUGUCGGGUAAGCAAAUAUGUCGAAUUGACCAAGCGCAAAUGUUCGCAGUUUGUGUCGCUGCCCUACAUUAUGCCCAAGCCACUGGUUGUCAACGGAAAGACAUCGAUAUUUCAAGUUGGUGGCGAAAUGGCCAAAAUGGGCGACAUACCAUCGCUUGCCACUGCAGCCGCCUCCGGCAAUGGGCAGCCCAUCUAUCGCAUUAAACCAGGCACACAUGCUCAUGUUAUCAAUUACGUGUUUAUUGACGAGGGCUCUGACUCCAUGGAGAAGGCAAAAUCAGAGGAUCAAGAGGCAAUGCGCAUGCUGAUUGAUUCUCAGCGGGAAAGCGCCACAGCAAAGCUACAAAAGCUGAUAACAACACAUCGUGGUGUCGGGCCGACAACUGUGUCCGCCACAGUCACUCCAGCAAUUCCAGCCCCUGCAGUUGAAAAGUCCACUGUUGUGUCCAAUCCUAAUAUUGCCACAAUUUCAACUAACAGUAUUGUGACGAGCAUGCAGUCAUCGACCUAUAAGCAUGUGACUACGCCUCAAAUUCAUCCAGAUUUGUCCAUUGCUAGCGUUGCAGGAGCCUUGCCGCGCGCGGCUGCUCCCCCGCUUGUGAUAGCACCUGCACCCUCUACAGCAUCCACAUCGAAGCCAGCUACAAUUUCCGGAUCUCAAAGCAACCAAAAUGUUCUAGAGCUGCAAGCUGAAAUUCGAAAACUAAAACGCACUGUGGCCCAACUGGGCGGUGCAGCGCCUCGAUAAUUGACGUGCUCAUACUUUAUGGAAACUUGUUGUACCAAAAACAUUUAUAAGACUUAGUUACACUCUGUUAAUAAACUAAAAUACUUAAAUUUAGCAAAAUCA